AUGAUUUCUUCACUUGCUAAUCCUUGGAUGACCUACUACAACGAUGUGUGUAAAACUCGUCCUCAUGAUUACUCUUGGUAUCAAACCCUAGACAUCAACUGGGGAGACUAAGAAGACUACUAAGUAGUUCAUAAAUUAGGGCGUGGCAAGUACUCCGAGGUUUAUGAGGGUGUGAAUUUGAGAAACAAUCAGAAAUGUGUAGUUAAAAUACUGAAGCCUGUGAGAACAGAGAAGAUCUUCAGAGAGAUAAAGAUUCUUUAGACUUUGUUCGGAGGACCAAAUAUAGUAAAGCUUUACGAUGUCGUUAAAGACUCUGUCAGUAAUACACCUAGUCUAAUUUAUGAGUUCAUCCCUAAUAUUGAGUCAAAGAUCUUGUUUUAGAGGCUUUCAGACAUGGAUGUCAGAUUCUAUCUAUAUAAGUUGUGCGAAGCUCUGGAGUAUUCCCACAAACAUGGCAUCAUGCACAGGGAUCUUAAGCCAUUGAAUAUAGUCAUCAAUCAUGACAAAAAAGAACUAAGGUUAAUUGAUUGGGGACUAGCUGAUUAUUAUAAAGAGGGUUAAGAGUAUAAUGUCAGGGUAGCAUCUAGGUACUAUAAGGGCCCAGAGCUACUAGUUGAAGAUAAAUUGUAUCACUAUAGUCUAGAUAUGUGGUCACUUGGGUGUACAAUGGCUGGAAUGAUGCUCAAGAUAGAUCCAUUCUUCAAGGGAAGCGAUAAUGAUGAUUAACUCUUGAAAAUCGCAUAAGUCAUGGGUACAGAAGAUCUAGUAGAUUAUUUAAGAAAGUAUAAAUUAUCGCUUCCUCCAAAAGUCGACAAGAAAAUGAAGAAUUACCCAAUUAAAUACCUAGAAGAGUUCAUUACCAAAGACAAUCAGCAUCUCUGCAGUGAAUCAGGUUUUGACUUGCUAAGGUAGAUGCUAGUCUAUGAUAAAAAUCUAAGAAUCACUCCCACUCAAGCAAUGAAACACGCCUAUUUUGAUCCAAUUAGACAAAUGCUAAUUAACUUAUCCUCUUGA